UAAAAAGAAAAACAUGUGACGAACGCCUUGUUCGCGCAGCUUCUCCCGCUCGGAGAGUGAUUUCGUGAUGUGACGGAUUUUAUUGUGUUAAGAACGUUUUAACCGGUUGAAGAAUGCCUAAACUACACCCAAUUGAAGUGGUUGACGCGACGCCCAGGAAUGUUGCGUUUCCUCCAGAGAACCUGAUCCGCAAACACAUGAAUGGAAGAUGGUUGUGCAAAAAAGGAGAGUUAAAUCACAUGAUAUAUGCCACCCUCAGACUUCCCAAACCGACUACUAUUGGCCGAAUUGAUAUAGGAAACUUUAAUUCAGCCAGUGUAACAGUGUUGGUGUCAAGGACUGGUUCCAAGGAGUUCAAGGAACUUUUGCCUUCAAGAGUAUUGCGAACUGAGGCAGACAUUAGAAGUGGAACUUUUAACCAAAGCGUGCUGAUGGCGACUUGCAGUGACUUGCGAGAAGAUACAAGGCAUGAAAGUUGGGAUCUUCUGAAAGUGGUAUGCUGCCAGCCUUACAGACGACCUGAAGAUGACCCUUUUGGCCUGAGUUUCAUUUCCGUAUGGGAUGGCCCUAACCAGUCUCCUGGAGCAACUAAUUUGAACAAAUUCAAAGAGUUUUCAAUUCGUUCUAGUCUACCAGCUAAGAAAGAGAUCACUUUUUCAAGUAGUCUCACACGUGCUCAAAAAAUGAUGAUGGCAACCAAACCACCUCCUACAAGUCCGACCGGGCCAGAAAGUGAUGAUGACUUUUUCAAGGCGACAGUCAUCAGCUUUUUGGAAACAAAUUGCAACAGCAUGAAUAUAAAAAAUCCUUCUGAUGCCAAGUCUGAGUUAUUGCAAAAAUUACAAAUGGUUAUGGAUAGAAAAUUCACCGCUCAUGAAGCAAGACUCUUUGGUCAAAUGUUUCUGAACCACUUCGCAAGCAGCAAAGAUAGGCAUCCAUCAAGAAUCCUUACUCCUCGCAAAUCUAACAACCAAUUAUUUUCUCCUGGUUGCCAAAAAAUGGAAGAUACCAAAAUGAGCCUCUUGAAACCACAAAAGGAGUCAUUCAACUCUUUCAACACACAAACUGUUUAUUUUGCUGAAGUUGUCCACAACCAUCCCAUGAAGGAUGGUCCAGCAUCGUAUUUAGGGCGUGGUGGCAAAGAAAACACCCCCUACCUUAUGGACAAAAAUGGGUUGACCAAUGGAGAUGUGAUGCUUGAUGAGUCUCGUUCUCCUGUUCUGAAUUCAGAAAAGAAAAUGUGCAUAGACCAGGUGAAGCAUGACAAGUUCUCUCCUACAUGGAAAAAUCGGAAUGAUAUUGACAAGUGUGAUUCAAGGGACUGCAGUCCAGACACAUGGCUAAAGCGCAAAUCUGAUCCCAGUGAAAGAUGUCAGCCCACCAACAAAAAGAGGCCUCGUGAAAACACAUCUGUGGAUGAAUCCUGUAAUGAGUCAUUUACAAACAAUCGGAUUACACCUGCUGGAGGCUGGCUUCUAAAUGGUUCCGGUCUGCACAAGAAAAAAGUUUCACCCCAUGAUGUUAAGAAGCAGGAUUCUAUGAAAUUUCCCUUCAGAGUAUCGCCACCGCCACCUCCUGACAGGCCUGCAUCUCCUCUUUCUCUUGUUGAUGACAUAGAUCAACCGUCAACAUCCAGCCGUGAAACUGUUGCUGAGCGCAACAUUAGAUUGGACCUAGAAAGAAGGUUGGCUGAACGCAGUCCCCCAGAGAGAGUUGUACAGAGAACAUCGUCUGGCAAAGUCAAAGGUCCAUUUUGCACUAAAGGCAUGAACACCAAUGACUCACCUCUGAGACGACUUUCCAUUUGUGAGGAGGGUGAAGAAGUGGGGUCCCCUCUGGCACGCCGCAAGCUCUCUUUCGUCCGUCCUUCUAAUGGCCAGGAAGCGGAUCAAGACUUGGUGGAAUGUCCAGGUUGCAAAAGUUAUUUUGAGGCAUGUGACAUCCAUAAGCACUUUGAUGAGUGUGUACCUUCCCCAAUCAAAAAACCGGAUGAUGGAGAGAAUGAGGAUGAGAUGGCUUGCCCUAUCUGUGGUCUGUGGCAACCGAAGGACACUGUGGCAGCGCAUGCUGAUGAAUGUGCCCAGAAAAGAUAUGGAGCAUAAUUGUCCUCAUUUUGUCAUGCCUUGAGUCAUCUCAUCACUAUCAUCGAGUUACCUGUACCUUAAGUGUUACUUCAAAAUGCACGAGUCUAUUAGGAUCUACUUUUAAGGAAAGAGAGCAAGGGAACAUGCCUAUAUACAUAUGCCUUAUUGUAUUGAGCUGAAGUAUUCAUGUACACUCAAUGGCUUAGUAAGCUAUUACAAGGUACUAAGAAUUAUUUUUCUUAUUUUCGUUUUUAUUUUUGAAUUUGACUUUCUGAUGUACCUUCUUAUUUUUUUAUUGAAACUUGUCUUAAGUUAGACCUCUAUUUGACUGUUCUACUGCCACUUUGAGUCCUAACCAUGGUAAAAAUCCAUUACUGAAACUGUGCCUGUGUUCUACAUACAAGAAAUAUGAACAGACUUUGAAUUGUUGCAUUGAUUGAUCCCUUUCAAAUUUCUCCUCUGGCACAGUGAUGGAUUUUGUUUCCUCAAUCUAAUCACCCUCUUUUUUUUUCAUAUACAAUUGUGGUACCUAAUUUCUUUUCUUCAUUAAAAAUUGAAAUGUCAUUUUUGCUUUCUUUAUUUUUAUCUUCUUUGAUUUUUCUUCCUAUUGCUUGAUGGCAUUUAACAGUGCUAUGUAGGAAUUAUAGUGAUUAUUCUUAAUGUCCUAUGUUAAGUAAAAAAUGCUAAAUUAAUUUUUACCGGAGAAAAGAUAAGUGUACUGUUAUCUUGAUUAGUUGUUAUUAGGGGCCAAAUUUGGCACAAAUUAAUGUUGUAUACUUCAGCAACAGUGAUUAGUCCAUGUUGGACAGAAUUUUUUUUUCUAUAUCGUUCAGUGUUACUCUGUACACAAAACCCCUGAGCUCAUGGCACUUGAGAAUGUGGCUAAUGUCAAACAUUGUUCAUUCUGUACUGCCUACACAUAACUGCCAAACAACUGAAUGUUUUUCUAUUUUUAUCUUAUUCUCAUCUACGGGUCAAAAUUAUAAAUGAUCGUUGUUGGACUUAUUGUGUAACCCAGUCAUUGAUUGCUGCAAUAUUAUUAGAGAGAGUUUGAAAUGUACAAAUCUAUGUAUGAUUUUUUUUUAAUAUAUAUAUGAUUAUCAUGUAGGUUUUUAUGUAUGUAGUUACAUGUCUUGUUUUUGCUAUGUGUAAUGAGUAAGUGUGCUUAACUUCUAGUUAAUAUUUAUUUAUAGAACUAUAUUGUUUCAUAGUUCAUGAUUGUUAUUAUUACAAAUGUAAUAUGAAUAUCCCUUGUGGAUGUAAAGUACAAACCAAAGUCUAAGUGUUUCGUCAUCACAUGAUGCCAUGAUUACAGGACUGUAGAAGUAUUGUUCAAAGUGCUGUUUAAAGGAUGCUCGAUGUAUCUCCUUUAAAGUUGGUAGUCUUGAAAAUUUUCUUACCUUUUGCGUACUUUAGUUUAGUUAAUGUUUGCCUGUAAUGAUGGUUUCAUGUAAUGUCAAUUGUUACCAUGCUGGAG